AUGUCGUUCAAUGAGCAGUUUGAAUCUGCCACCAAGCCUGGUCCUGGUCGAAAAAUCGUCGGCGCAGUUGUGAUAGCAGCUGACGCAGCCGGUGAUAUAGUCUAUCAUGAUGCCAAAGGGACCACAUCUGUCAUCCCGGAGACUGCCAGACCGAUGACUGAAGAUACCACUUUCUGGAUUGCUUCAUGCACAAAACUACUGACGACCAUUUCUGCAAUGCAAUGUGUCGAACAGAGUAAGCUAAACCUCGACGACGACGUCUCCUCGAUCCUUGAUGAGUUCAAGUCACCAGACAUCUUGACUGGCUGGAACCAAGACACAGGAGAGCCGGAGCUUAGAAAGGCAACAAAGAAGAUCACCUUGCGCCAGUUAUUGACACACUCAAGUGGGAUGGGGUAUGAUUUCCUUUCUCCAGAUCUCCUGAAGUGGCGACAAUUGCGAGGGGAGGCGGGCCACCCGGCGGAAGGUGAAAUUCGGAAACAAUAUCUUAUGCCUCUCUUGUUUGAGCCUGGUGAAGGCUGGAACUACAGCUGCAGCAUCGAUUGGGCCGGCAAAAUGGUCGAGCGGGUGAAUGGAGGAAUGAAGCUGGGGCAGUACAUGAAGAAGAACAUUUGGGAUCCUCUUGAAAUGGUAUCCACAGGCUUUCGUCUCCAUGAGAACGAAAGGCUGCGCAGUCGAUUGUGUGCCACGACCGCCAGAACACCACGAGGAGACCUUGUAUCGGCCGACCCUUACCCCAAUCCAAAUCCGAAAGACGACCUAGGUGGCGGGGGUUUGUAUGCGUCCGCCCAAGAUUAUAUCAAAGUGCUCGUGUCCUUACUCAAAAAUGAUGGCAUCCUCCUCAAGCCAGAGACCGUAAAAUUGAUGUUCUCACCACAGCUUUUGGAUGAGGGGAGUUUGGUUGAGACAGUGACUGCGCAAGGGGCAGGUCCAAUGUUUCGGGGCGGAGUUGACGGUCGGGCAUGGAAUUUCGGUCUAGGGGGGAUCUUGAACAUGGAAGACGUGGAGGAUGUUUGCAAAAAGGGAACAAUGUCAUGGGGAGGCCUUCCAAACCUGUUCUGGUGGAUCGACCCCAGUGCUGGCAAUUGCGGCAUGUACGCAUCUCAAAUUCUCCCGCCAGGCGAUCUGGAGUCUAUCAAUCUCGCAGUUGCGUUCCGUAGAGAGAUCUCCACUCGUCAUAGUGGAAGGUGA